UUUUAAUGAAGUCCUAAGCAGCGAUGAACAUCUGAGCAGAGGGGAAAGAGGGGAGCAGCAAAUGAGGUUAUUUAGGGAUUGCCUUGAAGACUGUGAAUUAUCUGAUUUAGGCUUUUCUGGGCCAAAGUACACCUGGAAUAAUAGGCAGGUUGGAAGUGACAAUGUGAAAGUACGCUUAGACAGAGCAGUGGCAAAUGGUCAUUUUAUCCAACUCUUUGAAGAUUAUCAUGUUGAAAAUGUCAUCACAUCAACUUCAGAUCAUUAUGCCAUUCUUGUAUCAAUUAAUCGAGAUUCUCAGUAUAAUGAUAGGAGUUCCUUUGAUAACAAUUUCAAAUAUGAAGCAAUGUGGGCAAGAGCACCAGAUUAUAAUGAUAUUGUUGAAAAGAAAUGGAAAGAGGAUUUUGAGGGGCCUAGAAAUCUCCAAUCAUUUUGGUCAAACCUAAGCAGAAUGGCGACCUCUUUAAAACACUGGAGCUCAAGAACUUUUGGGUCUAUCCGGAAGGAAAUAAAAAAACUUGAACGACAGUUGGCGAUGCUUCGUUCCUCAAGUGCCACACCAGCUUUUUCAGUUGAAGAGAGGAGAAUUGAACGAAAGCUAUGUGACUUAUUUGAAUGUGAAGAAAUUAUGGCUCGCCAACGUUCUAGAGUGGAUUGGCUCCAAGCGGGUGACCGAAACACUUCAUUUUUUCAUGCCAGAGCCUCUGCCAAAAGAAAAACUAAUAGAAUUUCAUAUCUAUUGAGAGAAGAUGGUACAAGGUGUGAAGACAGAGAGGAGCUUAAAGAUGAGGAGAUACGUGAAGCUCUGUUCCAGAUGGGACCGACCAAGGCGCCUGGUCCUGAUGGCUUCCCGGCGUUGUUUUACCAACGCCAUUGGGAUUUUUUACAGGCUGAUAUCUGCACAGCUGUUAGGGAUUUUCUACAAGAUAUGAUGAAGGCUUAUGACCGGGUCGAAUGGAAAUAUCUUCAGGGAGUUUUAAGUAAGAUGGGUUUUGCUGAUGGAUGGAUCCAAACUGUAAUGAAAUGUGUGACAAAGGUGUGA